GUAGCCCCAUGGUGGUGAGCCGAGGAUGGUGUUUAAGAAGACAGGCGUUACUUGAUUUCAGCGAACUAUUUUAAGUGUUAAAAUUCGGGAUUUUUUUUCUAGAACUAUAAAGAGGAUAGCAACAGAUGACUUUCUCCCGUUUUGUUUUGGUGGUUUUAAUUCCUUCCCCUCUCCCUAGGCCAGCCCAGCUAAAUCGUGCGCUUUAGAUAUCGCAGAUCUGGCCGGCGCCUUUUAACAAAGAGACAUCAAAUAAUGUCUUCUGAAAUGUUGCCAGCAUUUACUGAGUCUUCUAAUGUUGAAAGAAAGCAAAGCUUAAGUGAAGAUCAAGAGAAGAGCCAGAAGCCAAGAUUAGGUGAAGAGUUUGAACCAAUAUCUAAAAGACAAAUGAAGAAGCUAAUUAAACAGAAACAAUGGGAAGAACAAAGAGAACUCCGCAAACAAAAGCGGAAGGAAAAACGCAAGAGAAAACAAUUAGAGCGACAAUGUCAACUGGAAUCAAAUGUAGAUGGAAAUGACAGAAAACGCAUUCGAAGAGAUGUUGUCCACAGUACACUCCGCCUUAUCAUUGACUGCAGUUUUGACAGCUUGAUGGUAUUAAAGGACAUCAAGAAACUCCAUAAACAGAUUCAGCGAUGUUAUGCCGAAAAUCGGCGAGCACUGCAUCCUGUGCAGUUUUACUUGACAAGCCAUGGAGGCCAAUUGAAAAAGAACAUGGAUGAAAAUGACAAAGGAUGGGUCAACUGGAAGGAUAUCCACAUCAAAGCAGAGCAUUAUAGUGAGUUCAUAAAGAAAGAAGACCUAAUUUAUCUAACAUCAGACUCACCUAAUGUACUGAAGGAAUUAGAUGAAUCAAAGGCUUAUGUGAUUGGAGGGUUAGUAGAUCACAACCAUCACAAGGGACUCACAUAUAAACAAGCAUCAGAUCAUGGAAUUGAUCAUGCACAGCUCCCCCUUGGAAAUUUUGUGAAGAUGAAUAGUAGGAAAGUUUUGGCAAUUAAUCAUGUGUUUGAGAUUAUUCUGGAAUAUCUGGAAACCAAAGACUGGCAAGAAGCAUUUUUUACUAUUUUACCCCAACGGAAAGGAGCUGUUCCCACAGACAAAACCUGUGAAAGUUCUUCGCAUGAAAAGACAUCUGUCAGGGUUGAAGAUGGAUUGGACAGUGAUUCUAGUGAGGAAGAAAAUAGCAGAAAUGAACUACAAUUACCACAUGAAGAAGAAAAGCAAGAUAAAGAAAAUAGUAAUGAAUCUACAGUGAACUCUAUGCCACACUAAUGUUAUCUGUUGUUUUUUGUUUUGUUUUUUUGUUUUUUUUUUAGUUUAAGGAAAGCCAGAGAAAAUGAGGUGCUUCAUAGAAUAUUCUAACUGGGAGAAAAUUUUAUUUCCUCUUAUUUCUGUUGUCAAUUUUUAAAACUUUUUUUAGAGCUAAUUGAUAAUAAGCCCUUAUAAGAAAGUAUUUUUUGUUUUUACAUAAAAUUUAAAUGUAUAAUUUUUAAAAUAGUUUUCUAAGUCUCAAGAGUUUCUCGAGAAUUUUACUUUAUUGGUAAAACUUCAUUCUCUCUUAUUUACUGGAUUAUAUUUUUUAGAAUGUGCCUUCUGACCUUUCAGUUUUAUUUUUUAAUGUUUAUAUCAAGUGUCUUUAUGAUUUUUGCUUACUUAGUUGUGGAGGUAGAUAUUCAUCAAUCUCCUGUAAGUCUACUGAAAUGUUCUGUCUGGGAGGUUCUUCCUAUUUGCAGCUUUUUUAAUUCAACUUAGUUACUUCGAAAGAAUGCAGUUAUCUUAGGAAGAAGUAUUAGAUUGAUAAACUCAACAAUUUAUUUCUUUUGGACUAUGGAGCCCAUCUCUAUUCCUCCUCUGUGAUGCCUUUUUGUGGCUCUAAAGCAAUCACCGAAGAGUAAAGUAUCUCUUUAAUGUCCUUUCCUAAGUUCAGUAAUGGUGGUAACUUAUUUCAAUUACCAAAUGUAAUUCUUCAGACUAGAUUAUUUUAAAAGGCCAUUGAGUAUCAAUUUUGUCUUAAAUUUAAAAGGAAACAGCUCUUAGCUGUUUUUUCCUUCUGUAUAUACUUCUAUUAAAUAAUAUAUUUCUUGGUUCUUAAAGUGAACAAAGUUAACUUUAUAUGUGCAUCUGUCUACUAGCAUAUAAUAUACAAGCUAAUAUAACUGUAUGUUCCUAUAAAUAAGCAUGUAUGAAAAAUAUAUAAUUGUAUAUAUAUCCACAA